AUGCCUAUGCUGGAUGGAAAAGAGAUUGAAAUAUUUUUUAGUGAGGAAGAUUUACCAUAUGAAGAGGAAAUAUUAAGAAAUCCCUACUCUGUUAAACAUUGGCUUAGAUACAUUGAGCACAAAAAAGGCGCACCUAAACAUGAAAUAAAUAUGAUAUAUGAAAGAGCUUUAAAAGAACUCCCAGGCUCAUUUAAAUUGUGGUACAAUUACCUAAAAUUAAGGCGAACUCAGAUAAGAGGUCGCUGUAUUACAGAUCCAUGUUAUAUAGAUGUAAAUAACUGUUUUGAAAGAUCAUUAGUAUUUAUGCAUAAAAUGCCAAGGAUCUGGAUGGACUACUGCACUUUUUUAACAGAUCAGUGCAAGGUAACAACCACUAGAAAAGCCUUUGACAGUGCUUUAAGAGCUCUACCAAUUACACAACAUCACAGGAUUUGGCCACUUUACUUAAUUUUUUUGAAAAAGCAUGACAUUCCUGAAACUGCUGUUCGGGUAUUUAGAAGAUAUUUAAAACUAUGUCCUGAAGAUACUGAAGAAUAUAUAGAUUACCUAAUUUCAAUAAAUAAGUUAGAUGAAGCAGCAGUAAAGUUAGCCCAAAUUGUUAAUAAUGAAAACUUCCAAUCAAAACAUGGGAAAUCAAAUCAUCAGUUGUGGAAUGAAUUGUGUGAACUUAUAUCUAAAAAUCCCGAUAAAAUUCAUUCCCUUAAUGUGGAUGCAAUAAUUAGAGGUGGCCUUAGACGAUAUACUGAUCAAUUAGGGCAUUUAUGGAACUCACUUGCUGAUUAUUAUGUCAGAAGUGGCCUUUUUGAAAGAGCUAGAGAUAUUUAUGAAGAAGCUAUACAGACUGUAACUACUGUGAGGGAUUUUACUCAAGUUUUUGAUGCAUAUGCACAGUUUGAAGAACUUAGUUUAAGUAAAAAGAUGGAGGAGGUUGCAAAGAAAGCAAAUCCAACUGAAGAUGAUGAUAUUGAUUUAGAAUUAAGAUUAGCAAGAUUUGAGUACUUGAUGGAGAGAAGACUUUUACUACUUAACUCGGUCCUUCUCAGACAAAAUCCGCACAAUGUUGCUGAAUGGCACAAGAGAGUUAAACUGUAUGAAGGAAAACCUCAUGAGAUUAUUGACACUUAUACAGAAGCUGUUCAAACUGUAGAUCCAAAAUUAGCAGUAGGUAAACUUUACACAUUGUGGGUCGGAUUUGCUAAAUUUUAUGAGAGCAAUGAUCAAAUAGAGGAUGCAAGAUUGAUCUUUGAGAAAGCAACUCAAGUGAAUUAUGCAAAAGUAGAUGACUUGGCAUCAGUUUGGUGCGAGUGGGCGGAAAUGGAAAUAAAACAUGAGAAUUAUGAAGAAGCUCUGAAGCUUAUGCAAAAAGCCACAGUUUUACCAAGUCGAAAGGUGGCUUAUCAUGAUGACAAUGAGACUGUUCAAAUGAGGUUAUACAAAUCCUUAAAAGUUUGGUCUAUGUAUGCAGAUCUUGAGGAAAGCUUUGGUACUUACAAAUCAUGUAAAGCUGUGUAUGAUCAUAUUAUAGAUUUAAAAAUUGCCACUCCACAAAUAAUAAUCAAUUACGGUCUGUUCUUAGAAGAACACAACUACUUUGAAGAAGCCUUUAGAGCAUAUGAAAAGGGCAUUGCACUUUUUAAAUGGCCUAAUGUGUAUGAUAUUUGGAACACAUACUUAACCAAGUUUUUAAAGAGAUAUGGUGGAUCUAAACUAGAACGAGCCAGAGAUUUAUUUGAGCAAUGUUUAGAACAUUGUCCACCUGAAUUUGCUAAAGCAAUUUUUCUUUUGUAUGCUAAAUUAGAAGAAGAGCAUGGAUUAGCUAGACAUGCAAUGGCAGUAUAUGAGCGUGCCACUACAGCAGUUCUCCCUGAACAAAUGUUUGAAAUGUUCAAUAUUUAUAUAAAGAAAGCUGCUGAAAUAUAUGGAGUUCCUAAGACUCGCCAAAUAUAUGAAAAAGCCAUUGAAACUCUUCCAGAAGAGAAAGCUAGAGAAAUGUGUAUACGUUUUGCAGAGAUGGAAACUCGUUUAGGUGAAAUAGACAGGGCAAGAGCCAUAUAUUCACAUUGCAGUCAAAUGUGUGAUCCAAGAAUAACAUCUGAGUUUUGGAAUACUUGGAAGGAGUUUGAAGUAAGACAUGGCAAUGAAGACACCAUGCGGGAGAUGCUUAGAAUUAAGAGAAGUGUUCAAGCAACAUAUAAUACCCAAGUGAAUAUGAUGUCUGCUCAAAUGUUAAGUUCAGCUGCACAAGCAGCGGGCACUGUUUCUGAUCUAGCUCCAGGUAUUAAAGAUGGUAUGCGAAUGUUAGAAGCGAAAGCUGCUGAAAUGGCUGUUCAAAGCAAAGGUAACAUUUUGUUUGUACGAGGUGAAACACAAGGUGUCAAGGAAGGUGGAGAUAAAGUGCUUAAUCCAGAUGAAAUUAACAUUGAUGAAGAAUCAGGAGAUAGUGGUGAUGAAGAAGUUGCGCCAAUCCAAAAAAAGGAAAUACCUGCUGCUGUCUUUGGUGGACUUGUGCCAGGGAAGGAACAAUAG